GGGGCCGCAGCCGCCGGGUUGCCUGGGCGGCGGCCGUCGGGCUCUGCGUCCCCACCUCCUCCCGUCCGUAAUCAGUGACGAGGUCCGCUACGUAAACCCUUCGCGGCGGGAUAAAGAAGAAAACAGGGAAGGAGCAAAGCACUGAGUACACAUGUGAUAAUAAUGAGCAAAUGUGGCAGGAAAAAGUAUAUGAGGACAAAUGUAAGGCAAAUGACCAUGGAAACAGUUGAAUCCCAGCAGGAUCGAAGUGUAACACAUUCUGUGGCAGAGCAUAGCUCUGCUCAUAUGCAGACUGGACACAUUUCUGUUCCUACUCUAGCUCAGGUUUCUGUAGCUGGAUCAGGCACUGGAAGAGGCUCCCCAGCUGUGACUCUAGUGCAGUUACCUUCAGGCCAAACUGUACAGGUCCAGGGAGUAAUUCAGACACCACAUCCAUCGGUUAUUCAGUCACCACAAAUACAAACUGUUCAGGUAGCAACAAUUGCAGAGACAGAUGAUUCUGCAGACUCAGAAGUAAUCGAUUCGCAUAAACGUAGAGAAAUUCUUUCACGAAGACCCUCAUAUAGAAAAAUACUGAAUGAACUUUCCUCUGAUGUGCCUGGUAUUCCCAAGAUUGAAGAAGAAAAAUCAGAGGAAGAAGGGACACCACCUAACAUUGCUACCAUGGCAGUACCAACUAGCAUAUAUCAGACUAGCACGGGGCAAUACAUUGCUAUAGCCCAAGGUGGAACAAUCCAGAUUUCUAACCCAGGAUCUGAUGGUGUUCAGGGACUCCAGGCAUUAACAAUGACAAAUUCAGGAGCUCCUCCGCCGGGUGCUACAAUUGUACAGUACGCAGCACAAUCAGCUGAUGGCACACAGCAGUUCUUUGUCCCAGGCAGCCAGGUUGUUGUUCAAGAUGAGGAGACUGACCUUGCCCCAAGUCACAUGGCUGCUGCCACAGGUGACAUGCCAACUUACCAGAUCCGAGCUCCUACUACCGCUUUGCCACAAGGUGUGGUGAUGGCUGCCUCACCAGGAAGUCUGCACAGUCCCCAGCAACUAGCAGAAGAAGCAACUCGCAAGCGGGAGCUGAGGCUGAUGAAAAACAGGGAAGCUGCUAAAGAAUGUCGACGUCGAAAGAAAGAGUAUGUGAAGUGUCUGGAGAGUCGAGUUGCAGUGCUGGAAGUUCAGAACAAGAAGCUUAUAGAGGAGCUUGAAACCUUGAAAGACAUUUGCUCUCCCAAAACAGAUUAGUAGAAAUAUUUAACUAUGAACUGAUUACAGCAUGUACAGUUGCUUUUGAAUGCAAUACAAUAUAUAGCCGGCAAGAAUUAUGGCUUUUUCCUUUGUAUCAUUCAUCUAACUUUCUAAAACUAACAUUCCUAAGAUGCUUCAUUGUAUUUAAUUUGCUCUUACCUCUAAGGUCAAUUUUUUAGAAGAGACAAACUGUAAAAAAAUGUAUGUAACAAAUUCUUAAAAUGAAAUAUUUGUAAGACUUGUUCCAGUGCAGCAUAUUUGCAGUUCCCAAGUCUCCCUGUCAUGAAUAGUGUCCUAUGCAAUAAAAAUUUUGCAGGUUUUAAGAAUCAUUUUAGGGAAGGAUGAUCAGAGGCAGUGCUUCUCUCCAGUAGUAUGAUAAAAUCAACCCACAGUGAUACCUCAGGAAAGAAUGAAAGGAAGUAUAUCCUGAUAACAUGGCUAUAUGAGAAUAGCCUAGAAAUGAAUUUGUGCAUUUAUAGAUUUUUAUAAUCGUCACUUUGUAAAGAAAAUAUUGUAUUGCUGUCCUUGGGUGCCACAGUUAAAGACAGUUUUCAAUAGAACCAUGUUGGUUGCUCUUUGUA